AUGAACCAAUAUCGACCCUUAACACGGACAAUCCAACCUUUAAUACGGAAAAAUAAUGCAUCACUAAUUACGGGUUUACGUCGAUACAGUAAUGUACCAUCUAAUGAUAAUGAAAAAGUUAAUAGUAGCAACAAGUUAAAUGAAAAAUCUGAUUCAAAGAGUCAAGAGCCUAAAUUAGAUCUAGCUCAAUUAAAUCGAAUAACAAGAGAACAACUCCUUUCUAAAGCCAAUAAUAUGUUUUCAAGAUUACGAAUAAGAUUGAAAUGGUUAUUAAAAAAGUCAAAUCGACCAUUCAAUACCGAUGAUUAUUCGGCUGUAUUUUCAUGGCUUGUAAUGGGAAAUGUCUUACUUAUAUUCCUUGCAACCACCACUUUUGUAUCAUUAAUCAUAUUCACAGCUAAUACAGUUUUAGCUCAAGAAUUUGUAGCUAGAAAGUUAGGAGAAUUCAUAACAAAAAACUCAAAUUUAACUGUCACUUUCGAACAUGCCAUUGUCCCAGGUUGGUCAGAUGGGAAAAUUAGUUUUAGAAAGUGUUUUGUUAGUAGACGUCCAACUUCAAAGAAGAAGUUUAUUAAAGGCUCACAGGCGGAGGCUUAUGCUGCAAGUUUGCACAAUCAUCGUGAAGAUGAGAAGGAAGAAGAAUUUGAAGAUGAUGGUAAUUAUACACAAUAUGAUUUAACCAUGGAAGAAGUUAACGUGACUUUGUCCUUCAACAAAUGGGUCAACGGGACCGGUAUUGUUGAAACCAUUGAAGUUAAAGGUAUGAGAGGAGUAGUUGAUAGAACUCAUGUACAUUGGGAUCCUGAUGAUGAUGCCACAAAUUAUAAGAAUAUUUAUCAUCCUGGAGACUUUGAAUUUGAAUCGUUUAAAAUGGAGGAUGUUUUAUUCACAUUAAAGCAGCCCUUGGGGUUCAGACAUUUCGAUGUAGCAAUCUAUAAUUGUGAAUUACCCAGAUUGAGAAAGCAUUGGUUAUUUUAUGAUUUCUUAAAUGCCAAUAUAAUGAGUGGUUCUUAUGAUAAUUCACUUUUCACAGUCCAUAGAAAACAAAGACUUAAUGAUUUUGAUGAAAUGUCUGACAUCAGUAAGAAUUGGAAGAGAGUUACUCGAUUAAGAGUGGAUAGUUUAAGCAUUGAUCAUUUGAAUAGAGGUUUAGAAGGUCCUUUUGGUUGGAUUACAAGUGGGAAAGUCGAUAUGAUUGGUGAUGCGAUGUUUCCUCAAACUGAUUCUGAUUAUAAUAUGACAGAAAUAGUAAAGGUUAUAACAGAAUCAAUCAGAAAAGAAGCAAAUAGAUAUAGAAAUCCUGAAGUGACAAAACCAGCAAAGCAUCCUGAUCAGCAUAUGAGAUUGACUCAUGAUGAUUUUAAUGAUAUUCAAAAGUAUUUUGUGUUGGAUUUAACCAUCAGAUUAAAUAAUGUUAGAGCAUCAGUUCCAUUCCAAGCUCCAGAAUUGAGUUAUAUCAAUUAUGCUUUGAUCAGACCAAUUGUGGGAUAUAUCAACUCUAGAAAUACUUUUAUUGAAGUUAAGAAUAGGGUAGUUAAAAACAUUCAAGAUUUCAGUGGUUCAUGGACUUUAUACGACUCAUUAUUGAUGGAUGAUCUUUCUGAAGAAUUUUAUGACAAUUUUGCUGAUUACGUUGCUGAUGAAGAGACAAGAUUGUCUAGAAUGAAAAGGGUUGGUUUCUGGUCAAUGCAAUUAUUACUUCAAUUGAUUGUAUUUGGUCUUGGUGCAUUGUCAUAG